AUGGUCAUCUCAAGCUCAGAUCUCAGAAAACCUCACCAAAAAAUUUCAGUUACGUUCAAUGGCUGUUCAACAGCCUACAAAGAUGCGCGACAAUACUCACAAUGCCUUUCGGCAAACAAUUGGCAGCGACUUUCCCUAGUCGAAACGGACCCGGGGAUGAUGGAAGAUCUCUUUGGGACAUCUGAUUCCGAAUCCUCCUCUGACGAUGAUCCGUCAUCGUUUUACUCAUCGACAACCUCGAGUUAUCACCCGGAUAAGGAAGAAGAGCUCUGGAAUCAGUAUUUCUAUGCAGGAUCAGACUAUCCAACACCACUACCACUACCAACACCACAACCACUAGCACCGCCCCCACCUCCACCCCAUCGUGUCUAUUCACUAUUCCCCGCUACAGCCCCACCACCAUCACCUCGAGAUUACAACCAACACCCAACUCACAAAUCAUGGCCCGGACAGCCUUGGCCUGCACGGCUUGACUCGCGUCCCAAUCAUUCUAACGGCCGCGCUCAUGCGCAAACUACCCCUUCUCAACCACCAAACACACCACCUAAUAUCAGUUCUUUCACAAGCAUCAAUCAUCCAAUCCCUGGAUCAUACAUUCCCGCUAGUCAUCGUCACACCCACCCUCCUUUACCUCGCUAUGACUCUUCCACGCCUCUAGUCCUGAAAUCCGUAUUCGAAGUCGACUCCGACUCCGACGACGAUGAAGACUCCUCGAAUAGGAUAUCAAAAGCUAUCGAGAUGUUUGAAAAGUUUCGGUUGAGCGGCGGAGCCUCGACUAAGAGUGCAGGGAGAGAAAAGACAAGAAGAUCAGGUGUAUUCCGGAGAAGUGCAAGUGAAGCUUGUGAGGCAAUGAAGGGUAUCUUUAGCAAGAAGUCCCACGUACCUUCCGAGCGACGCUUUGCAUGA